CGUGACACGCGGGGCUACGGCGCGGGAGAUGGGGUAGGAGGGCCCUUGAAGGGUGCGCGUUCCCGUGGCGGUGCACCGGGUAGGUUUCAGUCAGAGUCACUAUGGCGGCCGGAGCUGGCAAGAUCGGAAAGUUUCCUGCCUCGUCGGGCACAGUCUGAACGUGUCCCACCGGCCGCGAGCGGUGGAGGCUGCGGCGGACUCAGCCCGGGGCCUCCAGGCCUCUCUCUCAACCUCCGGGCCAGCCUCCCUCCCCCACCUCCUCGUCCGCCGGGAGCUGCGGCUGUCGUCCCUGAGAUGCGACCCUCGCGGGGGCGACCCUGAAAGGAGGCAGCCGGGGUUCUGAGCAGCAGCCGGGAGUCCAGGCGUCCAGAGUCCAACUUCCUGCGGGCCGAGACCCCCCGAGCCUCCCCGGGGUCGCGCCUGGCUCGGUCCGCACCGGCCUGCGGAGCCGGAUCCUCGCCCUGGUCGCGGGGACGCCCGCCAGGUGCCCGGGAGUCCCGACGCGGCCACUGCCCGCUCCUCGCGCCCAGGACCCCAGCCACCGCUGCCGCGGCUCGUGCCGGGCCGGGGACCCCGUGCCACCUCCCGGGCGGCCUCCGCGCUGCAGGGGCGAUGCAGACUGUCCCGCUGGCCGUCUAGACCCCCGCGCCGCCCCCUGGCCUCUGCCCAGCGCUCCCGAGGCCCUCGCGGACGGGCGGCGGCUGCCCAGAGGUGCUCGGCUGCACCUUCCUUCGGCCCGAAAGGACCUUCCUGGUCGCCCGAACCGACCCGUCCUUCAUGCUGCAGGGCUGCAACAUUUCCGCCACCGAGGGGGAGAGGCGGCCGCGAUCCCAAACUAAACCCGCGAAUUGCUGUGUAACUCAUCUGUGUGGAUACCUCCAGUCCCCAAACUGCCUUCCAGGAGUUUUGGCCGAAACUGUCCGAUGUUUGAGCCUUUUCUUCCCAGGGAAGAAGAUGGACUGAAAGCUGCCAGUUGGGGACUUUUUGUGAUCGGAGCGCCGCUGGAUUGUAAAGGAGGUGAUGGGGCUUGCGCCGGCUUGUCUUCCUACUCGAGCGAAGAGUUGUUGAUGUUCACUGGUUAUGCUUAGACAAUGCGCAGUUUGUUUUAAUUUAAAAUUUGGGGGCGGAUAGGGAUAUAGGCUUGUGAAGAGCAGUCCGGAUCCGGUGGAACCCCUCUUUGUCCCUUGGAAGGAAAGACACCCCCAGUCUGUCCUCGAUGCCGUCAGCCUUGGCCAUCUUCACUUGCCGCCCGAACUCGCACCCGUUUCAAGAGCGUCAUGUCUACCUGGACGAGCCCAUUAAAAUCGGCCGCUCGGUGGCCCGCUGUCGACCUGCGCAGAAUAAUGCUACCUUUGACUGCAAAGUGCUCUCCAGGAACCAUGCUCUCGUCUGGUUUGAUCACAAGACGGGCAAGUUUUAUCUCCAAGACACUAAAAGUAGUAAUGGUACCUUUAUAAAUAGCCAGAGAUUGAGUCGAGGCUCUGAAGAAAGUCCACCAUGUGAAAUUCUUUCUGGUGACAUUAUCCAGUUUGGGGUUGAUGUAACGGAGAACACACGGAAAGGUACGGUUACCCAUGGGUGUAUUGUUUCCACAAUAAAACUUUUUCUACCAGAUGGUAUGGAAGCCCGGCUCCGCUCAGAUGUCAUCCAUGCUCCAUUACCAAGUCCUGUGGACAAAGUUGCUGCUAACACUCCAAGUAUGUACUCUCAGGAACUAUUCCAGCUUUCUCAGUAUCUACAGGAGGCCUUACAUCGGGAACAGAUGCUGGAACAGAAGUUAGCCACGCUCCAGCGGCUACUAGCCAUCACCCAGGAGGCUUCAGAUACCAGUUGGCAGGCUUUAAUAGAUGAAGAUAGACUAUUAUCACGGUUAGAAGUUAUGGGAAACCAAUUACAGGCAUGCUCCAAAAAUCAAACAGAAGAUAGUUUACGGAAAGAACUGAUAGCAUUACAGGAGGAUAAACACAACUAUGAGACGACAGCCAAAGAGUCCCUGAGGAGGGUUCUUCAGGAGAAAAUUGAAGUGGUUCGAAAACUUUCAGAAGUUGAGCGAAGUCUGAGCAAUACUGAAGAUGAAUGUACCCACCUGAAAGAAAUGAAUGAACGGACUCAAGAAGAGUUAAGAGAAUUAGCCAAUAAAUAUAAUGGAGCAGUUAAUGAGAUUAAAGAUUUAUCGGAUAAGUUAAAGGUAGCAGAGGGAAAACAAGAGGAAAUCCAACAGAAGGGACAAGCUGAGAAAAAAGAAUUACAACAUAAAAUAGAUGAAAUGGAAGAAAAAGAACAGGAGCUCCAGGCAAAGAUAGAAGCUUUGCAGGCUGAUAAUGACUUCACCAAUGAAAGGCUAACAGCUUUACAAGUACGGUUAGAACAUCUUCAGGAGAAAACUCUUAAAGAAUGCAACAGCUUAGGGGUACAAGUUGAUGACUUCUUACCUAAAAUAAAUGGAAGCACAGGAAAAGAGCCCUUGCUUUCAAAGAAUGGCGGGGACUGCACUUUUAUUCAUCAAUUCAUAGAAUGCCAGAAGUGCGCAGAGGGCCAUCUUCAGACAGCAGCGACCCUUUCUGCACCGUGUCUGUUUCUCUCUUUGGAGAAAAAUACUUAUGUUGCAUGUGCCUUCACAGAUGGAGAGAAGCUGAUCGUUGAGGGGCAUCUAACCAAAGUGGUAGAAGAAACAAAGCUUUCAAAAGAAAACCAGGCAAAAGCAAAGGAAUCUGAUUUAUCAGAUACUCUGAGUCCCAGCAAGGAAAAAAGCAGUGACGACACUACAGACGCCCAAAUGGAUGAGCAAGACCUAAAUGAACCCCUUGCUAAAGUGUCCCUAUUAAAAGAUGACUUGCAGGGUGCACAGUCAGAAAUUGAGGCAAAACAAGAAAUUCAGCAUCUUCGCAAGGAAUUGAUUGAAGCCCAGGAGCUAGCUAGAGCAAGUAAACAAAAAUGCUUUGAACUUCAAGCUCUUUUGGAAGAAGAAAGAAAAGCCUAUCGAAAUCAAGUUGAGGAAUCCACCAAACAAAUACAGGUUCUUCAAGCCCAACUGCAGAGAUUACACAUCAAUAUCGAGAAUCUCCGCGAGGAGAAGGACAAUGAAAUCACAAGCACGCGAGAUGAACUGCUUAGUGCCCGAGAUGAGAUUUUACUCCUUCAUCAAGCAGCAGAAAAGGCUGCCUCUGAGCGGGACACUGACAUUGCUUCUUUACAAGAAGAGCUUAAGAAGGUGCGAGCAGAGCUUGAGCGGUGGCGGAAAGCAGCGUCCGAGUAUGAGAAAGAAAUCACGAGUCUGCAGAACAGUUUCCAGCUUAGAUGUCAGCAGUGUGAGGACCAGCAGAGAGAGGAAGCCACAAGACUCCAAGGUGAACUAGAGAAGUUGAGAAAGGAAUGGAAUGUGUUGGAAACCGAAUGCCAUUCUCUGAGAAGGGAAAACGUUUUGCUGUCAUCAGAACUGCAGCGGCAAGAGAAAGAAUUGCACAAUUCUCAGAAGCAGAGUUUGGAGCUUACCAGCGAUCUCAGCAUCCUUCAGAUGACUAGAAAAGAGCUUGAGAAUCAGGUGGGAUCCUUAAAAGAACAGCAUCUGCGGGAUUCAGCUGAUUUAAAAACUCUUCUCAGUAAGGCUGAAACUCAAGCAAAGGAUGUACAGAAAGAGUAUGAAAAGACACAGACUGUACUCUCAGAACUGAAGUUGAAGUUUGAAAUGACUGAGCAGGAAAAACAAUCAAUCACAGAUGAGCUCAAACAAUGUAAAGACAACCUGAAGCUGCUCCGAGAGAAAGGAAAUAAUCCUUCCAUAUUACAACCCGUCCCAGCCGUAUUCAUCGGCCUAUUCCUGGCUUUCCUGUUUUGGUGUUUCGGUCCAUUGUGGUAGAGAAAGAAACCCUGGCCCUGGAUGCCCAUGUUGGCGGCCCUGGUUGCAGUGACAGCCAUCGUGCUGUACGUGCCAGGUCUGGCCAAAGCUUCUCCAUGAGAGCGUUUCUUGAGUCCGUACACCGUCCUCCCUCUAGAAGCUGGCAUCACACUCAUGCUGGGGACAAACAGAACAAUUUUCUUCCUUUUUUUACCUCUUAAAACAGCAGAAGUGCAAGAAUACAGCUGUAGGGUCAUUGCUUUAAAUUAUAUAAAAUGUAUCUGUCUAUAAAGAGGAUAUAAAAUUGUGACUUUAAUUCUACUGUGAGCAAUAAUUUGCUUGCAAUUUUUCAUGUAAUUUUUAAAUUAGGAUGUUGAGAUUCCAAAUAUUAUGGUGGCCUAAAGUAGGCUUCUUGGUACACCAAAUUAUUUAUAACAUUAAACUUAUGGGUAUUUUACUCUGAAUUCCAAUGACCAGAUAAUUCAUUUUUCUGAUUCGAUAACUACCCAAACCAAACGACCAAACGUACAUGGGAAGAGAGGCCCUGUGUGCUCAGUGCCUAUCAGUUUGAAAUAUAUACACAUAAAUAUAUAUAUAUUUUUUACAUAUUUACGCCAUUUUUACUUGUUAUAAAACCACUGAGCUAUUGGGAACAAGACUUAGAGACAACUACUUGCGUGGAUUUUUUUUUUUUUUUUUAAGGAGAAGUACACUUGGAAAACAUUCUGUUCUAGUGACAAUGUGGGGAAUGCGUGCACGCUUGUUCAGCCUUAACGUGACCUGAUGAUGUGGAGGACAUCAGCUUUGAGAAACUUUCCAUGAGAGUGUGUAUUUUCUUGAGCAACCUGAAGUAUUUCUGGGAGCAAAAACAGAGUAAUUAUAAAAUUUCAGUACAGUGAACCAAACUGUUGAGUUAAUUGGAAUGUAACUUAUUAAACCUCAUGUAUUUAAAGAGAUUUUCUUUAAACGCCAAGUUACUUUCUCAUUAUGCAGCAUUUUAGGAAGCAUGAUUUUUUUUUUCUAUCAUCUCUUCCUCCAAGCAUGUUUAAUUGAAGAAAGAAUUAAUAUCUCUUUAGAUAAGUGUCUAUUGACUUAAUUUGGUUUUGAUAUUUCAAAGCGAAUCCAUGUUCGAAUUGAGCUGUUGUUACCUACCAACGGAUUUCCCGGUUGGGUAUGCAAAUGGUUAUCUUUUUUCUUUAUUGUUGUUCAUUGGGACAUUCUGUUAAUGAGAAGCACUAUUCCCAAGGUUAAUAGUGUUCCAUGCACAGCGAAGCACCUAAACACUGCUUGAUGUUAUAAAUUUAAAGCACAGAAGUGAAAGUUUAGCUACGGUUUUGUGCAGCACCACAGUUAUGUCAAUAAAGUUUAUUUAGGUAACGGAAUAUCCUGAAGUAUCACAUAGUUAAAUUUUUCAGGCAGCAAAGCCUGGGAGGGAAUGUCAGUGAACUGGCUUGAAUGUUCUGCGGCAAUCGCAGGCCUAGCCAAAUAUUGACAUAGAAGUGGAGGGUAUCAUUUACCUUGUGAUGUUUGGCCAUCCUUGUUUAUACUUAAAAGGUUAUAUUUUAAAAUAUUUGGGACUUGCUGUUGGGAGGAUCACUAGAUUUAUGGAGGAGUUAGUCACAAACGACCUGUAGAAAAUACUGUCAUAUAGUUCAUGUCAUUUUCUGUUGCAGGAAGCAACCCCACCACAGAAUGCUAAUAUGCCAGUGGUACCCAGUACCUCUUGUAUAUAGGUUAUUGCAAAUAUUGUUCUGAAAUGCUUAACUUCAGAAUUACAUUUUUUAAAGUAAAUAAUUGUUUUAAAUCUAUUUUGUAAAGAUAUAAAGUACAAUAGAAUUUCUGGAGUACAGAUUAAACUAUUUGCACUAACACACGUGAUGUGCAUGAUUUAAUAAAAUGACUUUACUCUCCCUAUGCAAA